UCUAAACAACUACAAAAACAACGUUCUUCUUAAUAUACGCAGACAACUUUCUUCAAACAAUUGCAAUCCAUGAAACCCUCCCUGUCUUUCUUGGCUUCUGUGGCCGCCGUCAUGGCAGCAGUUGGCCCUUGGGACAACCCUCUGCAGAUUCGAGAAUCAAAUGCGAAUCCGGCCCCUGCUCCGCCCUUGGUUGACGGAGUCGACAUUGUCAAGCUUAAAGCCAGAGGCGUCUCCAAAGCCAAGACCUUUUUCAUCGGCUCCGUCGAAGCACCUGACAAAGUCUUCAAGCACGGCUUCCAUACCACUGGGUCUCUCGAGAAGCUGAAUGAAGAAUACGCCAAGCUGGUCGAGGACUUGCCAUCUGGCCUCUUUCUUGAGACAAGCCGUGCUGUCAACCAGGCAUCCCUUGCGCUCUUUGGCUUCGGCGGUCAUCACGCACUGUCCGCCGCGCAACAGGCUGAGAUGCAAAGACUGCAGGAAGAGUCGCUGCGCUCAAAGGGUCGUCCACUCAACGUGGAUGAAGUAGCUGCUGCAGAGCUCCAGAUUGUUGAGGCCGGCACCCCACUCGUUGAAUCGGGCUAUGUGUAUCAAAUUGCGCCGCAGAGGCUCAAGGGAUAUUGGCAGCCGUCUCUGCACAAGGAACCCGAGGGCUGGGCUAAGCUCAAGUUUUGGGUUGCUUCGGGGAUUCCCAAAGAGAACAUAGUUCGAGCUUGGAAGGUCGCCUCCAAUGGUACUGUUGAUGGGUCCGUGUGGGCAAAUAACAAGGCAAUUCACGUCGGCAGCAGCGUGGACACGAGUUUUGUCUGCGCAAGCAAGGACGCAUCGGGUUUCUGUGUUGAUUUGGAUGACCAAGUUGAUGCGGUACUGACUGUGGAAGGAGGCAAUGAGUAUGCGGUUCUGCAGACCAUUUCAUCUGCCAUUGUUGCGGAAACGCUCGGAUUCAAUCAGGCCUUCUACAUCAGUCCCGCGCUGGCAAUGUACCAAAAUGCGUUUGGUGGCCAGAUGUACUCGAACAGACCGCCAGUCACACUUGGCCAGCUGCAGAAGAUUAAGCAGUUCAAGACUAUUGGCAUUAGCGGCCCCAAGGAUAUCAUUAAAGCAUACAAUGGCGGAUUUAUGGACAAAUUUGCGCUACCCAUCUUCAUCCACGACUUAGUUUACGCUCUCCUGGACGAUGAAGCCACAGUUCUCGACAAAGCAGCAGCAGGUACCGCGCUGUUUCCGCUGGUGGGAUGCGUGGUGUCCCACGAGGCAAACAAGGCCAAGUCACAGAUUCAAGCUGUUGGAUUUGUAGCAUGCACUGUUGGAGAUGCUCUCUUGUUGACUCCCGGGUGGCCAGUGGGUGCUGUCAUUCACCUAAGCCGCAACAUCAUCAGCGCUGUGUACUGGUUCACUGAUCCGGCACGUAAGACCAGUACUGUGGAGGUGUACAGCAAGGCGAUGAAGGCGAAUUGGAAAGAUACGAAGGAGAAAGCACUCAAAUACCUCACUGGAGACCUGUUCAAAGAUAGUGUGCGGAUACAGUGGGAAUCAGAAACCACGGUGCUGGCAUAUCGCGCGGCCAUCACCAAGAGUUGGCAGGAUAGUGCUCACAGGAUGGUUGAGAAGCAGUAUCCGAACGAUAACAACACUCUUGCGGAAAUUGACAGGUAUAUUGAAAGCGGGGAGCGCGCGCUGAAUUCUGCAGCGUGCCAGAUCCACGCUCGUCAGUGGACAGUGCUCAAGGCAGCGCUGCUUGACCAAGCUUGGGCGCUAUCACAAAAGCUGGAGCCCGAAUUUCGCAAGGCCUUUAUGGAUAACGUUGGUACAAAUUACUACAAGUCGUUUGGAAUCUUUAACCCUCAAAGAUCAUUGGCCUUUAAAGCAGGACCGAAACUUGCUCGCGCCGUCAAUGAGACUACGACAUUGGAGCCGCUGAGCUACGAGACGCUGGUCAAUGCCGUGGGAAAGGCCCUUGAAGAGUUGAAUAUCUACCAGCCAUGCAGCGAGGAUAAGAUCAAAGCCAACUAUUGCGGUGCUUCGAGCCGAUGCGAAGGCUGCUGUAGCCAGUACGGAUACUGUGGAAGCGGGCAAGAAUUCUGUGGUGUUGGCUGCCAGCCAGAUCACGGCUCCUGCUUCCACACAAACUCGAACAUUACUAGCAAUAGCUUCUGUGGCGAGGCGGGCAAUGGCAAGACGUGCCCUGGCUCCAUCUUUGGCGAGUGUUGCGGGAGAGGGGGCCUUUGCAGCAACGAAUUGUCCGCAUGCGAUACUGGCCAAGGGUGCCAACCGGCCUUUGGGACAUGCUAUGCGCUCUCGGAUCCAAAGCCCCAAGUCUCGACGGCGGGCGGCUGCGGUGAGAUUGUUGGUCCAGAUCGUGGCAGAACAUGCAAGGGAUAUGCCCUAGGAUCCUGCUGUAGCAAGUUUGGUGUAUGCGGCAACGGACCAGCGUACUGUGCUCCCUCGACAUGCCAAAGCCAGUACGGCGAGUGCAAGCCUGAGCUUUCAUGGAACGAGCAAUCCUUGCCCGAGAGUGUUUCUCGAAAUGGCCUGUGCGGUGCUGGAUACGACAACAAGACAUGUACGGACUCGGGCCGAGGCGACUGCUGUAGCUUCCAAGGCAACUGUGGCCAAGACGAAUACUCUUGCGGCCUCGCUUGUCAAUCCCAGCACGGCUCGUGCACAGCAGGCAGGGAGCUGGUUGUUAGUCUGGAUGGACAAUGCGGUGCAGGCCACUCAGACAAGACUUGUGCUUCCUCGGCAGUCGGCAGAUGCUGUUCCAAGGAUGGUAUAUGCGGUGAUACUUGGGAAGCCUGUGGUAAUGGCUGCCAGCACGGAUACGGCGAGUGUUGGCGCAAUGUUCCCGAGCCAAAGCAUGAUCUCUGCGGGCCAGCCAACGGCAACACCACGUGUUUGGGUUCGAGAAUAGGGCAAUGCUGCCACCCAAACGGGAGUUGCGGGCAAGGACCCUCGUAUUGCGACAUAUUUGACAGCUGUGAUGUCAGAUUUGGCCUCUGCAACGACAAGGCCAAAGCCAUCGUGGGACCUACCACCGAGACGACAAGGACAUCUUUGGAUGGAACGUGCGGUGACUUUGGCUUUGAACAGGUCACUUGUCUUGGUUCUGUAUUUGGCAAUUGCUGUGGCCCAGCAGGGACAUGCGGCACUGGCUACAGCUUUUGCGGCUCUACAUGUCAGCCGCGGUUUGGUGUUUGUCGAGAUAUGAAGGCACAGAUUACGAAAGACGAAAAAUGUGGUCCGGAUUAUGGCAAUACUACCUGUGCUGGUGCGGGAUUCGGAGAGUGUUGCGGAAGCAAGGGUAAAUGCGGCACGGGCAGGAGCUGCGAAAAGGAUUGUCUACUUGGGUUUGGCACAUGUCGAGCGCUUCUUCAAGAUACACAAGCCAACAACAUCUCCGUCGACGGUCGCUGCGGAUCAAACGCUCAACAACGAUCCUGUCUUGGUUCUGGCUUCGGAGACUGUUGCAGCCCUCACGGCACUUGUGGUGACGGACCGGGAUAUUGCGGCAGCGGCUGUCAGGACAGGUUUGGUCACUGUAACUCGGAUCCAGAGAAUCAAGGACUCUUUCAAGUGUUUCCGUCUGCCGCAGACAUCUCGCACGACGGCAAAUGCGGUCCGUUAGCUGGUGGUCGCACCUGUCUAGGCUCCGGCUUUGGCGAUUGCUGCUCACUAGAUGGCGAAUGCGGCUCUGAUUACAACGUUUGCAGUCCUCAUGUAGAGUGUGCUGGUUCUGCGGGUUGCAAAGUUGGGCAUGGAGCGUGUCAGCCAGCAUACGGGAAAUGUUGGGCAUCUGCGCAUGGAUCCCAGGUUUCGCCGUUUGGAGAUUGCAACAUUUCCAUAUACAGCGAAUGGGAGCCGCCAACAUUGCAGGGUGCAUCGACUGUAUCUUGUAAUGGAUCGGCUUGGGGACAGUGUUGCAGCAACCAAGGACGCUGUGGCUCAUCCGAGGGGUACUGCGGGCGCGGCAACUGCAACGGCAAGAGUGGUUCUUGCGGCUGUGAUAGCGGCUGCUCUCCUGGUGUCGAGGUGGCCGUGUUUCUUACGCCUACCUCGAGCCCUGGCGAGCUUGGCUUUGGUGCUCCUGGGAUGGAAUACUACCACAGAGCGCGGCCUCUCAUGGUGGAACAGCUAGCAAGCUUGGAUGAUUUGUCCUUGUCCAAGUACGUCAAAGCCACAGGCAUUGAGAAUUUGACCAUUAUGCUCCGCAGCUUUCUCUAUCCGUGUGUAGAUGGUACGUUCCAGAUGGAUAUUGAUUCUGGAGAGAGUCUUGUUGCCGGAUGGCAUGGGAAUGAAGCCUUCUCGGAGUGGCAUGAGAGCAACGUCAACUUGGAGCUGGUCAGCAAGCACCACCAUUCUUGGAGUAUUCGUGCCAGCCCAGAGCAAAUCGUUCCUCUUCGCCUUUUGAUUACCACCAACAACCAUGAUCCAAAGACAGCCAUUAAGAUCACCAGCGAUAAAACGACUUACCACUUGACCACGGGACAAGAGAACAAUCUCUUUAAGAGCACCUGCAAGCCUUUCUUACCUUGGGGAGGAGAAACGUUCAACCCCUCUGACAAAAGCCCUGUCGGUGAGCCGCGCAAAACCAAGUGCCGCGGGGGACUGAAAUACUGUGGCCGACUAUUGCUUCAAGGGCUAGCCAAGGGACAAAAGACACAACUAGGAGACUAUUAUACAGAUAUACUCCAGGCACUGCAGGAUGCUGGGCAGAGAACAACAUACACGGACGUCCUGGAGUCAGUUUUUGAAUGCAAAGACGGGAACAGCGGCGCAAUAAAAUUCUCGCAACAAUGCCAGCAGUGUGUAGGCGGCGGCACGGGCCACGACGACACAUGCAGGCUACCCACGCCGUCGCCAUUGGUGCGCUGUGGCCCUUUCUUUGGCGGGCAGACGUGCUAUCCUGCGUCCGCACUUGCCAAGACAGACAAGGCUCUUGAUUGUUGCAGCAGCGAAGGGUAUUGUGGCUCUGGUCUUCACUGCGCUUCUGGAUGCCAGAAAGAGUUUGGCAGCUGCAAUUCGCCAAUCCUCAUCCAGAACCUGGGCCCAAACCCGCAAUACUGCCUGGUACCCGGCACCUCAUUGUCCUCGGAGCCUCACUUGGAACCUUGCCUGAUGCUGAGAAGAGAGGCCUGGCUUCAAGGAGGCCAGAAUCUUGUGGCAGCUGUAGACGAGACACUGUGCUUGGCCGCAGUCAGCCGAGACGCUUCUGAUUUGGCUAAGAAUCCGCCAGUGCUGCAAAUGGCAGCAUGCAGUGAGGCGAGGACGGAGCAGCAGUGGUUCCACCAGGUUGGCGGUCUGCUUCGUUCCGGCUUGCAACUGAAUAACAAGUACUUUUUCAUUGUGCCCUCUGACGCAGACAAUCGGAAGCCUGUUUUGAGAUUGGAGGAUCACCCGACUGGGGAUGCAUUUAAGUGGAAGUUUGACGAGGUUAAACAAUACAUUGACUAGAGCAGAGCAGGGCAGGGCAGUAUGGAGGUACGGUGUAGUGUGUGAUUCAUGAUGAUACUACAGUAAGAGAACUACGCAAUUCAAGCGAAGUGACGUAUUUGAAGUAGGAAGGCUGGGGGGGAGGCGACCGUACUCACGCGUGAUGUGUGGGUGGCAGGGUUGACAGUAGGCCAGGGCAGUACGUUAUCAGUAGUUUAGUAACUUAGCUAUUAAAUUUAGUCUGUUAGGGCUGCGUGUUUCUGCCAUCUUUAUAUCGGAUUCGAUUGCUAAGAAAGUAUGUUUCCCUUGCUCCAGUGCCGAUUUACUGGCUAUGAAACUUCCUUGCUCAUAAUCUCCAUAAUAUCUUACAACACAGACAGCAAGAGACCCUCAGUCUGCAACUCGCUGAUGCUAGAUAUCCCCAUGGAGAUGCUUAUUUGAUAGCCGGACGCAAGACGGAAGUGGGAGCCCACCUGCAACAAUCACGUCAUCUGUCA